UUCAGUCGCGCUCCGUCAUCUGCGACCACACAAGACACCACACCGGCACUGGUACUAUAGACAAGAGCCUCCCCCGUCGAGCCAUUCGUGGCAUCCAUUGACCUUCUCAUCAACCAAGAGAAGACAUCGCCACCAUGAAGAAUGUCAAAUCCAUGUUCCAGCGCAAACAGGCGCACACACCUGACGGCACCGAUACUGCGACCACGCAACAAGGCACUUCACCACGCCCGUCAGCGACCUUUGCACGACCCAUUCAAGAGCCUGAAUACAAAUUAUCCAGUGUCUCCCCAGAAGGCACUUUUAUACCUCCGUCGCCACCAGAAAAGACUUCAUUCCUAUCCCGAUUUCGACCGUCAACGAACCAUGCAGCUGCUGAACCAAAAGCAGACGAAGAUAGCGCAGGUUUCGUUAUCCCGCGCGCAUCGUUCGAUGGUUAUAGACGGUCCUUUGAUAUUCGUCCAAGUAUGGAUGGCAACGACGGUGCCAGUUUACGCAGUCAUGGCGGUGGCACACAGCAUCAUUCGAGUAGACAAUCACUAGACGUGCUACAAGCUGCAACACCACUACAAAAUGAGCGACGAUCGUCGUAUAGCUAUAGCAGGAAGGAUCCUGGCUUACUUGCCCAAUUGACGCCUGCGAGUGGCAGUUCGCCUCGACCGUCGACAGGAGGGAGUGCGCGCUCUGUACCAGCGAUGCAACCAUUACCAGCAGCGACGCUCGAAGCUGACUUUGAGGAAGUCAGCCUGGCUGAUGAGGAAGACGACAAGGAUAUCAAGAAGAAGCGAUUCUGGCAGCGAACAACGAAACGUGACGAGGUAGCGGAACUCAGAGCAUUGGGUACUGGUGAUUCUUGAGUCGAGGAAUCGGAGGGGGAAAGGAUGAGAGAAGGAUGACGUUUGCUUCGUUGUAUGCUACUUGUAAAACUCAAACUUGGCACUG